AUGUUUGAGCUGACUGAGCACGUGGUUUUGGAGGUGGCUAAGCACGGCAAGGCUGUGCAAGAUAUCUGUAAGACAUAUGGAUUUGAUCCUCAAAGAGGUAUUUUUGGAGACCCCGUGGAAAGAAAUGAUUGGGAGAUCAACCUCAUUGAGCAAAUGGUUGCUGCCUUUAAUCACUCGUUUUUUCCUGAUUUUUGUCCGUGCUUGAGUUGGGUAAAAAGCCAAAACAAGUGCUAUGCAAUUUGUAGAAAACGGUUCGAGGAUUCUGAAGAAUUGGGUAAAGUGGCAAGUACAAUGCCAAGUAAACCACCAUCUCCGGCGACUUCUCAGCCGUCGUGGAAAGCCAGUUGUUUGGCGUGGAGAGAUCAAGCUCACAGGGACACUCCGGAGGAUUCCUUCGUGGAGACAGAGGAGUACUUCUCCGCCACCAUCUCGUUUGGGUCGACCACUGACUCUAACUCUUUUCCAACCGGUCCCUCUUCUCUAGAGAAUGUCAUACCUGACACUUAUCAUAGGGAGGCUGAGAACGAGAAGGAGGUAGCAAAGUACUUAGAUGUAGUUCUUGAGGAGGCUAUGCUUGAGCUGACUGAGCACGUGGUUUUGGAGGUGGCUAAGCACGGCAAGGCUGAGCAAGAUAUCUGUAAGACAUAUGGAUUUGAUCCUCAAAGUUCUCCAAUGCACAUAAUGAGCCAACGUGAGUCACUGAUUCGGAUGGUAAUUCUGAGCCAAAACAAUUUUUGCUUUUGA